AUGUUGUCUUCCAGGUCUCCGCAUACACACUGCUUGGCCACGGCCCAGGAAGACUGUGGCUUUGGCCUUAGAUUCAUAGAUGAACCACAAAUAGACCAGGCCCAGAACCAUGUGACCCUUGAUGAUGUGUUCUUAUAUUUCUCUCAAGAAGAGUGGGAGCUGCUCUAUGAGCCUCAGAAACUCUUGUACUGCCAAGUGACACUGGAGAACUUGGUACUGGCGUUCUCACUGGGACUUCCUAUUUCCAAAUCCUUUGUAUUUACCCAGCUAAAGCCAGGGAGGGAGCCCAGAUGGCCUGUCUUGUUAGACCUUGCUCUAGCCAAGUUAAAUAUCAUAAGAAUUAAGCCUGGUUCUAGCCAUUGGUGUGGAAUGGAAGAUGAAGAGGCACCUUUUGAGCGGGGUAUUUCUGUAGAAGGAUCAUCUGUGGUAACUUUUAAAGAAGGUCCUUGUUCCACAGAGGCUCACUCCUGUGACAGGUGUGACUCACUCCUGAAAGAAAUUGUGCACCUGCCUAAGCAGCCAGAAAUUCCCACUGGGCAACAGCUGUAUACAUGGAAAUUAUGUGAAAAAGACUUCUGGUUCAGUUUGCAGCAGAAUGAAGAGCAAAGCUUUAGUACAGAAGAGGGCCAGCCCUCCUCUGUGGAAAGCUGCAUACUCUAUGAUUUGGACGAGGAUUUCACUUUCAGAACUGAAAGGAAUGACUCCUUGUCCAGCUCUAUAGUUGUCCAACAAGAAGACACUCAUAAUGAAGAGGAUCCAUCCAGAAACACUGAGUUAGCAAAGGCUGAUGGCACUGAACAAAUGCACAAAUGCAAUAAAUGUGGGGAAAGUUUCAACUACCAAGAUAAAUUACUUCAGCACCAGAAAUCCCACACCAGAGAAAAGCUUUAUAAGUGCAAUGAAUGUGGGAAAUUGUUUGGCUACAAAUCCAGCCUCAUUGUACAUAAGAGAAUUCACAUAGGAUUAAAACCUUAUAAGUGUGCUGAAUGUGGGAAAUCUUUUCUCCGAAUUUCCAACCUUGUUAAGCAUCAUAUAGUUCACACUGAAGAAAGACCUUUUGAGUGUAAUGAAUGUGGGAAAACCUUCCGUCGCAAAGAUACACUUGGUCAGCACCAGAAAAUUCACAAUGACAAAGGGCCUUAUAAGUGCAGCAGUUGUGAGAAAGACUUCACCUGUAAAACUUCUCUUGUUGAACAUGAGAAAAGCCAUAGUGCUGAAAAUGUUUAUGAGUGUGAUGAAUGUGGGAAAAUGUCAACCAGUAAAUCCUACAUUUUAAAUCACAAGAGAUCUCACAGCAAAGAAAGGCCUCAUUUGUGCAAUGUAUGUGGAAAAACCUAUAUCACUAAAUCCCACCUUAAACAGCACAUUAAAGUUCAUACAAAAGCAAAGCCUAUGGUGAAGUGA